GGAACGGAAAUCCUCGCUAGCAGCGGCCCGCAGGAGGCCGCGGAACCAGCCGGAGAGCGUCCCUGAGAGGGAAAGAGGAUCGGCCGGCGAGUGGCGAGGGCUGAUCUCAUCGGAGCGCUGAAGGGCGGCGGAACGGACGGUCACUGAACACGUCCAGAGUCCCUUACAGGGGCCUGGGAGUAGUGAUCAUCUGAUAAUGUGUGGCAAGCAAUUAUGGUCAUUAAGGUAUAAAGUAACUCUGAAACUUCAGUGUCCUUUGUAAUGAAAUGCAUGAAUCCAGAUACCUGCAAAGUGACUCAUCUGAGGCUCAGCUUGAUAUGAUAAUACCAAGUUGUGAAGAUGGUGUGUUUCAAAAGAGAGGACAAAAGACCAGAAUACUUACUCCUGAAGAAGCUGAAAAACUAGCUAGUGAUCAGAUCUUAGUAUCAGACUUUAAGCAACAGAAACUUGAAAAAGAAGCACAAAAAAAUUGGGAUUUGUUUUACAAAAGGAACAGUACUAAUUUUUUCAAGGACAGGCACUGGACAACAAGAGAAUUUGAAGAAUUAAAAGCCUGCCGCAAGUUUGCAGAUCAGAAACUGACGAUUUUGGAAGCAGGUUGUGGUGUCGGGAACUGUUUGUUUCCACUUUUAGAAGACGAUGACAAUAUUUUUGCUUAUGCCUGUGAUUUUUCUCCACGAGCUGUGGAAUACGUAAAGCAAAACCCUUUAUAUGAUGCUCAGAGAUGCAAAGUAUUCCAGUGUGACCUUACUAGAGAUGACCUUUUGGAAAAUGUGCCACCAGAAUCUGUAGAUGUUGUAAUGUUAAUAUUUGUCCUUUCUGCCAUUCACCCUGAGAAGAUGCACUUAGUUUUGCGCAACAUUUAUAAGAUAUUAAAACCAGGCAAAUGUGUGCUGUUCAGAGAUUAUGGUCUCUACGAUCAUGCAAUGCUGAGGUUUAAGCCUGCUAACAAGCUUGGAGAAAACUUUUAUGUAAGGCAAGAUGGAACUAGAUCGUUCUUUUUCACAGAGGACUUCCUGGCAGAACUUUUCCUAUCUGUUGGAUAUGAGCAAGUGGUCAAUGAAUAUGUGCUGCGGGAAACUGUGAACAAGAAGGAAGGCCUGUGUGUGCCAAGGGUUUUUCUCCAAAGCAAAUUUCAAAAGCCUCAAAGGGAAAUGUGAUUUUUUUCCAAAAAGUAACUGGUUUGAUGAAGUCAGCAGCUGUGUUUUGGUAUUACGCUAUCUAAAUCACAUGGUCUCUUUUCUGGAUGUUGAGGGGGCUAUAUGUAAAUUCUCUCCCCUAUCUUCCAGAAUUUAAAUCCUACAUUUCUUUCUUACAACAAUCUUACACUUCACAUUUUAUUCAUUAGGUGGCACCAUAUAACAGCAUUUUGUAUUGUUCAUUGAAAAGAGAAAAGUCCAUGAAAUGUUUGUGAUUCUUCCUGAACAAUUAAAAUAGUCUCUUCUUUGAACUGUA